AUGCGAGACGCCUUCGUAGUUCCAGGUUUGCCGCGCUUCUUUGGAAUUCGAUGUUCAGCGUGUACCAGCUCGUACGGUACCGGAAAGUCCUCGUUUGCCGCUGCUCGCAGCCGCGCUGCUUGCUCGGCGGCGCAGGACACACUGCCGCACCAGGGAAGCACGUGGCUGGGUCAGCGGGUUUUCGCGCAAGCACACAGGCACCAGCGUGAGUGCUUGAAUGGUUUCGAAGAAGAAGGGGGCUCUAACAGGUGUGCGCUGCCCUGCCCAGUAGGGCCGAAAACUGAACGAUUUCGCUUGGCGGCGAAUUUGCAACCGCCUCAGGGGAGUUCCGGCCAGGGGCCUAAAGACAACGACGAUGAACGCGAGGAGAACAGAAACCGGGCGGAGGAUAAAGGGGACGAUGAGGACGACAAUGAUGAUAACAAUUUUGUCUUUGAUGGUGACGAGGAAACGCUCAAGUGGGCACUUCGUCAGAUUGUGGACAACGCGAAACGACUGGUCCGGACUGAGGCUGCGGCAGGUCGCAAAAUAACGAGCCUCCUGGAGUACGUGCGCGUUUACGAGGACUUGGAGAAUUUGAAUGACGUUGAUGGUAUCUCAAAGGACGUCCCUGAAGAUACGAAGGAAGCCUUCAAGCGAACAGCUCUCGGCAUAUUGGGCACGCUACCUCAGGAAGGGUUCGAAAUCCAAAUUACGACGAAUCGGGAAGCCUUUUCGAAGCUUCUCCUCUCCAGCAUGAUGACUGGUUACAUGUACCAUGCCGCAGAAGUCCGAAUGCGCAUGGAUGAGAAAUUUGACAUUUUCUCGUGGACGAUGGGCUUAAAGCCUGCCGAAAACUCCUCAUCCGAACGGUCGGAAAAGAAAGCCGAUAAUGGCUCGAAAGAUCGGAUUGAAAAAGAGCGCAAGGUAGUCGGCGGGAAGGUGCUCAUCCACGGCCGCGAAAUGUCUGCGGAAGAGUAUAUCGAGAUGCUGGAGAGCCGCCUCGGCCUAUAUCUGACGGAUCGCAUCAUGCUCCUCGAUUAUAUGCGUCAGAUCGGAGUGGAGCGACUAGUUGCGCUCCAAUCUGAUCUGCGGGGUGAAGUCACGGAAACAAUGCAUGAACUUGUACGGUCCGUAGUUGGAAAGCUCGGCGGGGAUGUGGUGGGAGGUCUGUUUUCCGGAGGCGAGAAUAUUGUACGGAACCGCAUUCUUACAACUCUCUUUGGAAAGAGUAACGAAACAUCCGACAAAGAGUCCAGCGGCAUUCCCCACUACAAGGGCGUCUCUGUGACUAUCGUCAGUAGCCGGGAGUAUCUGGCGCACCUUAUCCUGUGGGCCCUCGCUGUUGGCUAUCGGAUUCGGGGGAUCGAGACACUCUUGCAAGUCCAGCAGUCCUGCGCUGUACGCGUCGGUGAAGAGGAAGCUGCGUAG